GCCGUGUUCUAUGUUUCGUACAUGCCAUCGUGGUCUGCGUCUCUCCAGUCAUCCUCACCAUCGCUUUCGAGCACUGGCUCCCAGGCGCGACUUAUCCUCCGUCGCCAAUAGUUUUCUUGACUUUGCCACUGCCAUUCCAUACCCUGCAUCCUUCCCUCCUUACUCCUCGACAAUCAUCCUCGUCACCGUUCUAACGCGUAUUGCCGUGCUACCAAUCGCAGCAUGGGGAAAUAAUCGCAUGCUUCGCUACCAACAGCUCGUAAUUCCCCAAAUCGAAAAACGGAAACCGUAUAUCUGGCAGGAAGAGCUGAUCAAGAUGAGAAAGGAUGGCUUUCGUGGAGACAAGGAAGAAGCUCGCAAACUUCUUUCCAAACGCAUACAACCUAUUUUCAAAGGUCUUGAAAAGCAGCUGUGCAAAGCGUAUCGCUGCCAAAAGAUACCUACCAUGGUUGUGCCUCCGCUCUCCCAGAUGGCACUGUUCUUUCCUCUGUCAAUUUUCUUUGGCGGUGUCGCUGCCGACCCGUUCUCUGGCUUUGACGCAGAAUCAUUCAUGACGCUGACCAGCCUAUCACUCCCUGACGAAACCCUUACAGUACCCAUCCUCGUCGGUCUUAUUACCAUGGCCAAUGUUGAGUCCAGCACUUGGUUCAUGACGGUAACCGAGAAACAGGCUGUCGCGCAAAGGGAACAGCAGCGGAAGGAUGCAGCCUCGAAGGGGGUUCAUCAUAUCGUACCUGCAAACGGUAUCAAGCAGGCCUUACGCGUCGUGUCUGUCUUACGUAUAGUCUUUGCUGCGCAGGUAUCAGGUGCUGUUGCCUUGUACUGGGCCACUUCUUCCUUGUGUGGCCUGUUCCAGACUUGGUUCAUGGAGUCUCUUCGUCGACGUAAACUCGGCCCAUCCCCAUCCAACAACAAGGGAAUAUAGCCAAACUUUGGAGGGCCAACACGAUGUGAGUCUAGGACCUUAUUCUUGGGGAUGAAAAUAAAAGUGGUAUAGAGGGACCCGCUUUCUGGUUCUCCGGAGAGCUGGAGCUUCAUGAGAAUGUCUUGAUCUAAUAUGACCUAUCCCCCUUCUCUUUCCUCUAAUGAAUAAUCCCUGACGCUCUGCUU